GGGCCCCUCGAGGCCCCCGGACCCUGGGUUGGGAACCCCCUUAACAGCCCGUCCUCCUCCUGCUCCCCCUCAGUAGCGACUUCAUCCUCGGUCGGAGGGGGAGGAGCAGGCUCGGAGACUCUGCUCCCAUGUUGAUGUUUGUUGUUUGCGAGGGUGGCAGCACUGUGUGGAUCAGGACACGGUGAGAGCGGAGGGCUGUCGACCGGCCUGCCUGAAUGCAUGCAUGCUUCUGGGGGAAUACUGCAACUUAUUUCCGAAUACGCUGCUAAGUGUGGAAGAUUUCUGCAGGUUUUCGCCGGCUGUUGUUGUGAAACACUUGGGCAUAUGGCUGUAAGGUCCUGCUCGGUUUGUGUUGUGCGUAAAGAAUCCUAGGGUCCAUCUGAGCCACGGCCAGUCAGGAUGCUGGAGCUCGUCUGAGAAGCUCCGUCGACUGGUCUUCCCCCGGAUUUGUUCUUUUUUUUUCCCUUUAAAGCGAAGUUCUCAGCUAAAAUUAAACUCCAUUUCAACACGCUGCACUUCUAAAGAUGGUGUUCUUCGCUUUGUCCUCGGCUCGUAACAAACCUGGAUAACGAAAGGAGUAGCUACGUGACAACACCCCAACACGACGAGCAGCCGGCGGUACUUUCCUUCGAGGCACAUCUGCCCCGGGAUUUAUUCAGCUGUGGAGAUUUUAAUCAGCAAUUGAUGCAUCUCGGGGUAUCUGAGUCCAUGAGAGAGUGCGAGUACAGUCAAAUAAGCACUCGCAGCUCGACACCAAUGGAGACCCCUUACAAGAAAAGGACCCCAAAGAAAAGGAAAUGGGAGUCCUUCCCAGGUCGGAAUAAAUUUUACUGCGAUGGGAGGAUUAUGAUGGCCAAACAGACAGGGGUUUUCUACCUCACCCUUGUCCUCAUUCUAGUGACUUGUGGACUUUUCUUCACAUUUGACUGUCCGUUCCUUGCACAGACGUUGACCCCGGUCAUCCCUGUGAUAGGAGGUGUGCUAUUUAUGUUUGUACUGGGGACACUGUUGAGAACGAGCUUCAGUGAUCCAGGGGUGCUGCCCAGAGCCACACCAGAUGAAGCAGCUGACCUGGAGAGACAGAUAGAUGUGGCUAAUGGCAGCACAGGCUACCGGCCUCCACCCAGGACCAAGGAGGUGGUCAUCAAUGGACAGACAGUCAAACUGAAGUAUUGCUUCACCUGCAAAAUCUUCAGGCCACCACGUGCCUCCCACUGCAGCCUCUGUGACAACUGUGUGGAGCGUUUUGACCACCACUGUCCGUGGGUGGGGAACUGCGUGGGAAGGAGGAACUACCGUUUCUUCUACAUGUUCAUCCUGUCACUCUCCUUCCUCACUAUCUUCAUCUUCGCCUUUGUCAUCACACACAUCAUUUUACGCUCCCAUCAAACUGGAUUCCUCAACGCACUUAAAGAUAGCCCUGCCAGUGUGCUGGAGGUGGUGGUGUGUUUCUUCUCUGUGUGGUCUAUAGUUGGCCUCUCAGGCUUCCAUACCUACCUGAUCAGCUCCAACCAGACCACCAACGAAGACAUUAAAGGUUCGUGGUCUUCUAAAAGAGGGAAAGACAACUACAACCCCUACAGCUACGGGAAUAUAUUCACCAACUGCUGUGCAGCAUUGUGUGGACCCCUUCCUCCAAGCCUCAUUGACAGACGGGGCUUUAUCCAAUCAGACACACCGCAGCUGGCACCACCAACCAAUGGCAUCACCAUGUAUGGCGCCACCCAGUCUCAACAGAGCCACAUGUGUGACCAAGACCAGUGCAUUCAGAGCACCAAAUUCGUUUUACAGGCCGCCGCCACUCCUCUCCUCCAGCAGCAAAGCACCGAGCCCGUCAUCCUGACUGCGUCGCCCGAGAACGGAGGCACCCUACCCGGACGCACGUCUCUCACCCUGGGCGGCCCGUGCACCUCGCUGCCCCUCGGUCAGCCCACGCCUCCGACGUCCACCCCCAGCCUCAGCUGCCACGAGGCCACCGACAUGCUGCCAAUCCACGGACACAGCCUCACACACAAUCACACACACCCACUUCAGGAACCGCUGCCCCACCACCACUUCCUUACGCCCGAGGAAGUCCCCUCGCCGCCGGGGAUGCUUCCCUGCGGCAGCCCCCUGGGCCACAGCCACACGGUGCAGGCCGGCUUCUACAACCCGGCCAGCCAGGACUCUCUGCAUGAGGACUCGGUCAGAGGACUGGUAAAGCUCAGCUCCGUCUGACGAUGGCACCUCCUCCUCCCUUCAAACACACACUCUGCUCCUCAGACUCUUCCUGUGCCACAUUCAGACCGACUGGGUCUCACCCCGAAAUUAACUCUGCCCUUCUCUCCUCAGCAGACGAACUGAAAAAGGUGGUGGUUUAUAAUCAGCUGCUAGAAACUGAACUGAAGUGAAACCGGUUGUCCUCAGCCUGUCUUGCCAAACCUCUCUGCUGGAACUGGGAGAAAUGGUUUUAGGUCUGAUCGCCUGUAUGAAAGUCAUACACUUUUUUUUUUUGUUUUGGUUUUUUUCUAUUCAAAGGAAGCCUAAUGGGCUAACUCCUGGACUCUGGACAGGUGAGUUUCAGCCAUUUCAAGCAAAAAAAAAAUAUACACAGUAUGCCAUUUUUUUGGUCCGAAGGCUAAAUUUCUGUCAGUGGAUCACAUGUCUGACUGUUUUUGUAAAACAAACUUUAACCUCCUUGCCUCUCGCUGAUUGGACAGUGUCUUUUGCCUUUUUUUCUUGGACAUUCUCAUCAGCAGUGCAAUGGUUAAUGUCAUGUUGCAUAUCAUCCUGCUUUUUCUAAAUUUAUGUUAAAAAUAAGAGACUGUUGUACUGUACCAUGGUUAUUACAAAAUCUUACAAAUUAUUAUAUUUCCUGUGGAUAUUAAUAAACACCAACUUUUUAUCAGCCUAGGA